UGAAUGAACUGAAGAAAACAUUGCGUUGGAGAGGAAGAAAAUCUUACAAAUUGCCGCAUAAUUCAAGUGAAACACAAGUGCUAAAAUUGGAUUGCCGAAAUAAGCUUGAUAAUUCGUGACUGUUUUUAUCAGAGAACGUAACGUUAUCAGCAUUUAUUGGUGAAUAGUGUGUUCAAUUAGAUUUUUUUCUCACGUAAAUGAAUAAGCGAGUUUUCUGAACGAAUGUAAUGUUUAUUUUUGGAGCAGCUCGGCUCUGUUUUUCUGAUGUUUAUGGUUCUGCUAUUUGAUUCGAGAAUCGAAAGAGAAAGCUGGAAAAAUACCUAUUGAAUUUCUAGUAAUUAGUGAUAACGUUGAAUAUACGGCAAAAGUUUAUGAUAAAGAGUUUGAAAACGUUAAGAACAAUACAUUACCAUAACGUACGGGUCGCGGAAUACCGAAAAAACUGGGAGAACGAUGGGUGAUGAAUAUCACUAUAUGCAUAAUAAUUCAAACAGUGAUGACUCAGAGUCGGAACUCAACCUAAGUACACCCGAAUUAAAGGGAUAUUUGAGCAAAUGGACCAAUUAUAUCCAUGGCUGGCAGCCUAGGUUCAUAGUGCUGAAGGAUGGCACCUUGUCCUAUUACAAAAGCGAACAGGAUAGCGACUUUGGAUGUCGAGGAGCCAUCAGUCUACAAAAGGCCACCAUAAAGUCUCACGAGUUCGACGAGUGCAGGUUCGAUGUUUCGAUCGGUCAGAAUGUUUGGUAUCUACGAGCGGAAACACCGGAAGAUAAACGAAAUUGGAUCGAGGUACUGCAAUCGUACAAGACGGACUACCCGGAAACGGUAAGCUUACGGCGUCAUGGGAGCACAAUUUCACUGCAGUCCAACACCCUCUCCACUGCCAGCGGGAGUAGCCUGAAACGUGUUAGCCGGGGUUUGCGUGAAAAAAUGCACGAAAUCGAAACCUAUCGGGACAUCUUGUAUGGCCAAAUAGACACGCUUCAACGUUACUUUGAUAGUCUUGAUUUGAAAAAUGAAAACAACAAUCCACUUGAUUUGGGCGACGGCUUAAAACCAAUCGAUUUCAAGGGUGAAGCAAUAACAUUCCGUGAAACCACUGCUGGUGUUAUCACCACAUUACAACAUUGUUUAGAUAUAAUCUCACAAAAAGAAGAAAGUUUUAAAAAAAAGUUGGACAAGGAGAUAGAAAAACGAAAAAAAGCAGAAGAUCAGAUCAGGCAAUGCAAAGAAGAACUAUCCAAAAAUAGAAAUUCAACGAUUCCUGGUCCUGAUCUAGAGGAAGGACCACAUUCAACGAUUCCCGAAGAUGAAUUUUUCGAUGCGGUUGAAACGGGUUUGGAUAAGAUCGAGGAGGAUCGACAGCUUCGCGUUCGGCUGAAAUUCCAAUCUCAACAGUCACAAAUCAGCACAAACAGCUCCGUUUUCAGCGCCAACCAGGAGAUUGACGAUGACAAACAGCAAGCAGAGGAUUUUGGUACCGGUCUUCAGGCCCGUAGUCACAAGUUGUGGCCAGAGAUCGAUAAGGUUUGCACCGAACAGCUAUACCAAGCUCGGCAAGGUGUCGGCGAUGGUGGUAACGGAUGGCAACUGUUCGCUGACGAGGGUGAGAUGAAAAUGUAUCGUCGCGAAGAGGAAGUCGAUGGGAUGGUCAUAGAUCCACUGAAGUCCUGCCACGUUGUUAAAGGGGUGACGGCACGCGAAAUGUGUCAUUACUUUUUCGAUCCGUCUUACCGUUAUGAUUGGGAAACCACCCUGGAAGAUGUGCAGAUUUUGGAGAAGGUUUCAUCGGACACAACCGUCUUCAUGCAAACGUACAAACGAAUCUGGCCGGCUAGUCAGCGAGAUGCACUUUUCUGGUCACACAUGCGGAAGGUCACCGACAAUGCGGACGAAGGAGCGCACGAUUGCUGGAUAGUGUGCAACCAUUCCAACCAAAACGAAGAAUAUCCGCCUGCCAACCAAGGUAAAUGCGUCCGUAUCUAUCUGACGGUAAUUUUAGUAUGCCAAACAUAUCUGACACCGGGUAAGGACAGCAAAACCGCUACCCGGGACGAUCUGACCUGCAAAAUCACGUACUGUUCCACCGUCAAUCCUGGUGGCUGGGCUCCGGCAACAGUACUGCGUGCUAUCUAUAAGAAAGAAUAUCCAAAGUUCCUUAAGCGUUAUACUGGUUAUGUUCUUGACCAGUGUAAAAGUAAACCAAUUAUGUAUUGACUGUAAGAAAGUAUGUGCAAGAUGGUUGACACUGGACGAAUGUUGAAUGAAAUUGUUGAUGCGAGAGAGUGUGUAAGGUGGUUAUUUGCAGACCCAAUGCGGUGACGGUGAAAUAAAGUCACCCUGUUGAUUUUGUUACAGUUUGAUUAUAUAAGUGUAGUAUAAGCUCGAGUUGACAAGUGUUUAGUGAAUGAAUGCUUUGUAUAUUUUUUUUCUAUCUGAGAAUAAAAUUUAAUAGAAACCUUGUAA